AUGGUCCCAUCCACAACAUUAACCACAACAGGUACUACCUCUCUCACUACUGUCACUCCAUCUAGUGUCAUUAUGACUUCAACGAGCACACCCUCAUCCAUUACCACUCUUCCAACCACCACGACAACCACCACGACAGCGAGCACUCUUCCACUCUCAACAACCACCACUACUGCUUCAUCAUUGUUGACAGCAACAAGUACAACAACCAACAACAACAACAUAAGCACUGCUACUACUCCUGGUCUUGUGGUGCUACCAGCAAGUUCAUCAUCCUCAGCUGGUAGUAGUGCCACCAAUAGCAACACCUCUGUACAUCCAUUGUUGACAGCAACAACAACAGCUACAACAACGGCCAUUCCAACAACCACUACGACAUCCACAACAACAACAACCAUUACUCCCCGAACGAAUCAACAUCACAACAAUCGAACCAUUGUCAUUGGCAAACCCACCACCUCGACCAUUACCACCACCAAUCAUAAAGAUCCAUCGACAGAUUUAGUACUACUACAACAAUACCGAACAGAUAUAAUGAGAUUAUUUGAAUCAGAAUUAUUGUAUGAUUUGAUCAUUGUGGUUGGUCCUUUGAAAUUAAUUGGUUCUCAUGAAGACGAAGAUCAUCAUUCAUCAUCCAUCAUGAUGCAAGUCAUGCAACAACAACAUCAACAUCAACAAAGACAACAACAACAACGAUACAAAUCAUCAUCAUACACCUCUCAUUCCAAUGACUCUUCCGAGAUUCGACUAAAAAACAAGUACUAUCCUGCCGAUGAGUGCAGUGUCGUAGAGUUCAAAGUUCAUAGAGCCAUUCUAUGUGCUCGUUGUGAUUAUUUCAACAAAUUAUUUCAUUCACAAAUGAAGGAUUCUUCACAAACGUAUUUGAAAUUUCCAGAUAAGAGACCAGAGGAUAUGAAAUGCUUGUUGGACUUUUUCUAUUCUGCUGUUAUUAAUAUUAAUCAUUCGAAUGCUUUUGGUGUGUUAAAAUUAAGUGAUGAAUUGGGAGUUCAAAUUGUCAAGGAAAAAUGUAUCGAAUAUGUUAAAGAAUGUGUCAUGAGUGACAAUGUUUUUGAUGUGUUGGAAGAAUCUACAUUUCACAACUUUGAUGAAUUGAGAAAAUAUUGUAAAGAAUAUCUUGAAGAGAAUGCCAUCAAACUAUUCUUUUCAGAAAGUUUUUUAAACAUUUCCAAAGAAACUCUAAUUGAUUUAUUGAAAUCAGACAAAAUUCACUUGGGCGAGUUGGAUAUUUUCAUGGCUGUUCUUUUAUGGGGUAAACAUCAAUUGAUACACAAAAUGGGAAUUUCAAUCAUGUCACAAAAAUCAGCAAGUACUCCAACGAAUGCUCACCAAUCCACUUCCAUUCAAAAUUCAUCACAAAAUAACUCUUCUGCAGCAGGAACAACCACUAAAACAGUCAUUUCUUAUUCAUUGGAUGGAAGUACUCAAAUCAAAACAGAGAAAUUGAUUGAAAAUUCGAGUGUGAAAAAAUCAGGAGCAGCAACAGGAGCAGGUCAAGGAACCAUUGAGAGUUUGACGGAUCGAAAUUUAUCCAUUUCAGAACAACAGAAAAUUCCAAAUGCUUUGUCACAACCCACUCAGGGAACAGAAUAUGCAGCUGAACUUUCAAUUUCUGAACAACAUGCGAAACAGCAACUUCAUCACGAUGAAGAAGAUGAAACUGAAAGGGAUUGUGUGGAUGAAAUCGAUGACGAUGAUUUUGAAGAAGAAAUUAUUAAUAGUUUGGCCUACAGUACUUUGAAUCCAGCUUCCAUGUUGACCAAUAAUACUCAAUCUCGAAUACAAGAUGCAGGAGAGUUACAAAAAAAUAGAGAACGAAUUCAAAAGAUUGUCAAUUACACACACGAUAAGCAAUUUGUCAUGCAUUUGGCUAAAUUAUUGCAUGAUGUCUUACAACAUGUCAGAUUUCCAACGUUGGAUCCUAUAGAAGUUUAUGAAUGUGUAGAAAUUUCUAAAGUAGUGCCCAAUGAAUUAUUAUUAGAAGCUUACAGAGCUCAUGCGUUACAAAAUAGAAUUGAUUUAUUUAACUCUGCAAGACUCAAAGUCAGAGAGGGAUCUUUAUUCUAUGUGAGUGGAGUUUGUACCGAUGUACCUAUUAGCAAAUUGAAAGGAUGGUGUUUGUUUUAUCACAAACCCUAUCAUCAUCCAACCAGUGAGGCAGAUAUUCAAGCUGGUAAAGGAACGCGUAUUCUCAUUGGAGCUCGGCAUAAAAACUCUUCAACCUUGGCACUUUGUGCAAUGGGAAUGAAACAGAAAGUUUUGCGUGAGACGUUCGAACAUGAAACGACCAAAGAAAAUGGAUGUUAUUUCUAUCAUUGGAAAAAUCACUCGUUUGGCUUUUCAGAUACUCCAAACGUGCAACUCGGAACUGCUGAUCUUUCAGAAGGAGCAGCUAAGCUUAGUUGGCAUCUCACAGGACGUGGUGGCUAUCGAUGUGGAUUUCUUACCUCUCUGAACGAAUCUAAGGAAUGGGAAAAGAUGUUAUUUUAUGCAUAA